AUGGCGGAGGCAUUCGAGCGCUUCAAGCGCUUCGAGUACAGGCAAAAUAGUAACCUUGUCUUACAGCGUGACCCUUACCUAACUGGAGCUCCAGGUGGGGCUCACCAGGGGGAGCCCACAGGCGAACCCGAGACCCUCGCCGGGAGAAAGCUGUACCCUAUGGGUGACAAGGCCGAACGGGGCCUUAAAAAGGAAGAAAAGGAGAAGAUUGGAAAGAGAAGGAGCAAGCUUAAAGAGGGGGGGAUCGCCAAACGAAGCAAGCUGGACAUCAAGAAGGGAGCUACAGUGCUUGAUGCAGAUGUGACGGAGAAUUUCUUUUACAGGCCGACCACGCGCGUCACCAACCAGGUAUACGAACAGCUGCUCGUUGUUCUGCAGCAGCAGUUGGGGGAUCAGCCCGACGAAGUGCUUCGAGGCGCGGCCGAUGAAGUGCUACAGGUCUUGAAGGAGGAUGGGCUUAAAGAGGGGGAGCGGAAGCGCGGUGUAGAAGGAGUUCUGGGCCCCAUCACCCAAGAACGGUUUACGAAACUGUUUCAGCUAUCCAAGAGCAUCACCGACUUUAUGACCGCAGACCAAGACAGGGACGAAGCAGGGGAGCCUGAUACGACGGCAGGGGUUGCGGUGGUGUUUGAUGAGGAAGAUGAGGGAGAGGAUGACUAUGGCUACUCGGACAUGGAGGCGGAGGGUGAAGACGAGGACGAUGAGGAGACGGAAGAACAGGAGGAGAAGGAGAGAACAUAUUUAGCGGCGAAGAACCUCGAUGAGGAGGAAGUAGACAGCGCAGAAUCGGCAUACUGUGUUGAUGUGUCCAAGAUUGAUCCUCACUGGCUGCAGCGCGAGCUGAACGCUGUCUUUUCCGACCCGAACCAGGCUGUAGCGACGGAGAAGGAGAUCUUGUCUAUUCUUCCCAUCCCGGAUAUUCAAGAAUGUGAGAACAAGCUGGUGCUGAUUCUGAAAUAUGAGAACUUUGAGCUUGCCAAAAAGAUACUCAAAAACAGAUGGAAACUGUUCUACUGCAUUAGGCUGGGGCAGGCGCAGACUACAGAAGAGAAGGAAGGUAUUCGGGAGGAAAUGAAAAAUACCCAAGAAGGUCAGGAGGUCCUUGAGCUGCUAGAUGCACUCACAUCACGCCGCAAUAAAGAAAAAGAGGUCACCUUAAAUGUCCGCAAAGAGGCAGCAACGCUUGCCGCCAAAGCCCAGGCGCGUGAUGCCUCCCUUCGAGCUGCAGAAGCAGAUGAUGACUCAGCUGCGUUGGGGGGUGGCGCCCAUGGCACCCCUGGGGGACAUGGGGGCCCCACUAGCCAAGCUACCCAGCGCAAGCCUACCGGUUCCGUUGACUUGCAAAGCAUUGCCUUUCAGCAAGGCAGCCAUCUAAUGGCAAAUGCGAAGGUCAAGCUGCCAGAUGGGACUCAGAGGAUCGAGACGAAGAGCUACGACGAAGUAGUUGUUCCGGCUUUGAAGAGGCCGGUGGAGAAGUCAGAAGGUUUGCGGUUAAUAUCUACGAUGCCAGAGUGGAGUCAGCCGGCCUUCACCGGUGUAGGAAUUGAGCGUUUGAACGCUCUGCAGUCAAAAGUGUACGACGUUGCCUUCGAUGCUUACGAAGAGAAUCUGCUGCUGUGUGCCCCCACCGGAGCGGGAAAAACGAACGUGGCCAUGUUGGCCAUGCUCAACGUGAUAGGACAAUACAGGAACGCUUCCACCGGAUCCAUUGAUCUGAAGGGAUUCAAAAUAAUCUACAUUUCGCCCAUGAAGGCAUUGGUGGCAGAACAAGUUCAGGCAUUCUCGCAGCGGUUGCAGCCAUUUGGUAUUUCAGUCCGGGAGCUCACUGGUGACGCGAAUUUGACGAGAGAAAAGAUUGAAGAGACACAAGUCAUUGUCACAACGCCUGAAAAAUGGGACAUCAUCACCAGGAAAGCUGGAGAAAGGGCUUACACCCAGCUUGUUCGCCUGGUGAUCAUCGACGAAAUUCAUUUGCUUCACGACACGAGAGGGCCAGUGCUGGAGGCUAUAGUGGCACGUACCAUCCGUCAGAUUGAAAUGUCUCAAGAGCACAUCAGACUAGUGGGGCUUUCUGCCACUCUGCCCAACUACGAAGACGUAGCGGUAUUCCUAAGGGUCAAGCCGGAAAAAGGCCUAUUUGUUUUCGGCAACCACUACCGUCCUGUUCCUCUCAAACAAACCUAUGUAGGGAUCAAAGACAAGAAGGCCAUCCGGAGAUACAACACAAUGAACGACGUCACCUACGAGAAGGUUCUGGAGUGCGCUGGAAAGAACCAAGUACUGAUAUUUGUGCACAGCCGGAAGGAAACGGUGAAGACGGCGAAAUUUAUUUGCGAUGCAGCGUUGCAGAAGGACACAUUACCUCGUUUCCUGCAGAACUUCUCAGCUAGUCGGGAGAUUUUGCAGGCCGAGGCGGAAGCUGUCAAGACACAGGACCUGAAGGACUUGCUGCCCUACGGCUUCGCAGUUCACCAUGCAGGGCUCCCCAGAACGGACAGAAAGCUGGUAGAAGACUUGUUUGCAGAUAGGCACAUUCAAGUGCUCGUUUCUACUGCCACUCUCGCGUGGGGUGUCAACUUGCCUGCCCACACAGUCAUAAUCAAAGGGACGCAAGUGUAUCUGCCGGAGAAGGGAGCAUGGUCGGAGUUGUCGCCGAUGGAUAUUCUACAGAUGAUGGGGCGAGCUGGACGACCCCAGUACGAUACUGGAGGCCACGCCAUCCUGAUUACCCAGCAUAGUGAACUACAGUUCUACCUCUCCCUCAACAACCAACAGUUACCCAUCGAGUCGCAGAUGAUUCAUUGCCUGCCCGACAUGCUCAACGCAGAAAUCGUCCUUGGAUCCGUCAGGAGCAGGGAAGAUGCCGUGCACUGGCUGGGCUAUACAUAUCUAUACGUGAGGAUGCUGAAGGCGCCUUCGCUAUACGGUAUCCCACCGGACGUGGUUGUGGGUGACAAGCUUCUUGAGCAGUACUGCAUUAACCUGGCGGACUCAGCUCUCAAGACAUUGGAUAGGCACUUUCUCAUCAAGUACGAUAAAAGGACUGGAACCAUCCAUGUAACAGCAAUGGGCCGAGUUGCAAGCCACUACUACAUCAAACACGCAACCAUUGCAGUGUACAACGAGCACCUGAAGCCUACUCUCUCGGACAUCGAACUGCUACGUCUGUUCUCUCUUUCCUCCGAAUUUAAGUACAUGCCCGUUAGGGAGGAAGAAAAACUGGAACUGCAGAGGCUGAUGGAGAGGGUUCCCAUCCCAGUGAAGGGUUCGCCUGAUGAACCUUCUUCUAAGGUCAAUGUCCUAUUGCAAGCGUAUAUAAGCAAGCUAAAGCUGGAAGGGUUUGCCAUGAUGGCGGAUAUGGUGUAUGUUCAACAAAGCGCAAACAGAAUCAUGCGCGCUAUAUUCGAUAUUUGCUUGAGGAGAGGAUGGGCACAGCUUGCCAUAAGGGCCCUGCAACUCUGCAACGAGAUCCAGGGUCGCAUGUGGAGCACCAUGACUCCCUUGCGCCAAUUCAAAGUUCUGCCUGAGGAGUUGUUGCGCAAAAUUGAGAAGAAAGACUUGCCUUUCGACCGCUACUAUGAUUUGACAUCAACUGAAAUAGGCGAACUUGUGAGAGUGCCAAAGAUGGGAAAGCUGCUGCAUCGGCUGAUUCACUCCUUCCCGAAACUGGAACUUGCAGCGUUUGUGCAGCCGCUUAGUCGUUCCUGCCUUGUUGUUGAGCUGACAAUCACGCCAGAUUUCCAGUGGGACCCGAAGAUCCACGGUAACGGCGAAGUCUUCUGGAUUAUUGUGCAUGACGUCGACUGCGAGCAGAUUCUCCACCAUGAGAUGUUCAUCUUACCAGCAUUCCAAGGAGAAGUUGAACAUACCCUAACUUUCACUUUGCCAGUGACCGACCCGAUCCCACCUAGCUACUGCAUCCGCGCCAUUUCAGAUCGCUGGCUUCACUCCACGGCGUCACUGCCCAUAUCCUUCAGAAACCUCAUUUUGCCAGAAAAGCCAAUGCCUCAUGCAGAGCUGUUGGAUCUGCAGCCCCUGCCGGUGUCGUCUCUGCACGAUAAGAAGGCGGAGGAACUGUACAAGAAGGAAGGCAUUAAAGCGUUUAACCCAAUUCAAACGCAGGUUUUCUCUACACUGUACUCAACCAGCGAACCUGUUUUGCUAUGUUUGCCGCCGACAAGCGGGAAGGAGAUUUGCAUUGAGUUCGCCAUCUUGCGGAUGCUUAAGACGGAGCCAUCUAGUUCUUGGAAGGCGGUUUACCUUGCUCCUUAUUCAUCUGUAGUACAGGAGACACUGCGACAGUGGAGUUCCAAACUGGGUAGUGGCCUAGGGUUGAAAAUUGCAGAACUCACGGGCGACUUGCAUGCAGAUUUGAAGAUUUUGGAGCAAUCGCACAUUGUGGUAUCUACACCGGAGAAAUGGGAUUUCUUAUCUCGUCGCUGGAAGACCCGCAAAGUGUUGCAGUCGAUCCGCCUGUUAAUAGUGGACGACCUGCAUUUGCUCAACUCCCCUGUCGGUUCAACUCUCGAAGUUUGCCUUUCAAGGAUGCGGUACAUCUCCGCGCAGCUACCUCAGCCAGUCCGCAUUGUCGCAUGUGCCAAUUCUCUUUCAAAUGCAAAAGACGUCGCAGAUUGGCUUGGGGUAUCCGCUACUGGUCUGUUCAACUUUCAUCCGAGCGUGCGCACUGUGCCGUUGGAAAUUUCUUUGCACGGCUUUGAUGUGUACAACAGGGAUGCGCGUUUGUUGGCCAUGUCUCGAGCGGUGCAUCAGGCGAUAAAGCUCUACACGGCACCAACUGAUGACAGCAGGAGCCGCAGCAGCCGCAAACUCAAGAACGUUCUCGUAUUCUGCUCAGAUAGGAAACAGUGCAGGUUGACAGCGAUCGAUCUCCUGCUGCAAACGGCAGCUGACGAUCAGCCGAAGAAGUAUCUGCACGUUUCAGGCAAGCGACACCCACUAUAUGAUACCAUGAAGCAGUAUACGUCGAUUGUGCGCGAUAAAAUGCUGCUAGAAACGCUCUCCUACGGCGUUGGCCUCUAUCAUUCGGGCUUGUCCGCUGCUGAGCGGCUGCUGGUGCAGCAGUUGCACUCGAGCGGGGCCAUUCAAGUUGUAGUUGUGGCGGAGGAGUCCGCGUGGGGCCUUCAGAUCAGCUCCCAUUUGGUUGUUGUUGUCGACACCAAACGGUUCACGGAAAACGGGUACGAAGAUUACCCAAUUGCAGACGUCCUACAGAUGUUGGGCCGCGCGACGCGUCCUGGAAUUGACAAGCACGGAUACGUGGUGCUUCUUUGCCCAUCCAGCAAGAGGGAGUUUUACAAGAAAUUUAUAUUUGAGCCGCUGCCGAUAGAGUCUCAGCUUGAGCAGCACCUGCAAGACCACGUUAAUGCUGAAGUCGUACUCAAAACGAUCGAAAGCAAGCAAGAUGCCGUCGACUGGCUCACUUGGUCCUUCCUUUACAGAAGACUCUCUAAGGCAAGUGGCGAAGUGAUUUGCACACCUAGACAACAGCCGUACAACGUAGUAAACCCCAACUACUACGGCCUCCAAGGAACUUCGCACCAGCAUUUGAGUGAUUAUUUGUCGGAGUUGGUGGAGUCCACAGUACACACCCUUGAGCAAGCCCAAUGCGUUGCUGAGAAGAACGAGGUGGACCUGGAGCCUCUGAACCUGGGGCUCAUUUCUGCUUUCUACUAUGUGAAAGUCGCAACUAUUGAACUCUUUAACCGUUCGCUGUCCCCGACCUCUAAACGCCGAGCACUGUUGGAGAUCCUCUCGGCUGCAGCGGAAUUCGGGUCUCUUCCCCUCCGGCCUGGGGAGGAGACAGUCCUGAAGGGCAUCGCCCAGCGCAUUGGUCUCAAGCUUCCAGCUAGCAUAGACUUCACCAAGGCCAGCACGAAAGCCUUGGUUCUGUUGCAUGCACACUGCCAGCGAGCGACUCUUCCAAGUGACUUGGUUGCGGACCAAAAGCAGGUGUUGGAGCCUUGCGUGCGGCUGCUUCAUGCGUUGGUGGACGUCAUUGCAAGCAACGGGUGGUUAAUCCCUGCCUUAGCUGCCAUGGAGAUAUCUCAAGCCCUUGUCCAGGCUGUGCUGCAUGCUGGCUCUGGCGAACAAAACAAACUGCAGGCUUCGGCUCUCAGACAGCUUCCACACUUUAGCACAGACCUCGUCAAGGCUGCCAAUGGCAAGUUCCCAGGCUCUAUGGAGGUUAAAGAUGUUUUUGACUUCAUGAACAUGGAAGAUGCGCAAAGAGAGAAGCUUCUAGCGUCGCUCACUCAGGCUCAACUUCGAGAAGUGGCUAAAGCAAGCAACAGGUACCCUGUCAUCUCCCUGGAAUUUGAACUUUCAAAGACAGAAAAUAUAAGUCCGGGAGAAAACAUCCAAUGCACCGUGCAGCUAGAAAGAGACUUGGCGGAUGGAGAUACUGUGGGACCUGUGUACGCUCCAUUAUUCCCGAAGGAGAAGGAGGAGCAGUGGUGGUUGGUCAUUGGGCAGUCGGCACCUAACGGGCUGAAUGCGAUUAAGCGAAUUUCCAUCACAAAACAAAACAGCACUGUCAAGCUGGCUUUCGAAGCCCCCGAUUCACCAGGGAAGCAUCAGUUUGUGCUCUUCCUCAUGUGCGACAGCUACAUCGGCGCAGACCAGGAACACAAAUUUGAAAUUCGCGUCCGCUAG